AUGUAUAAUGCAAGGCGGCCUCAGACGGCAAUCGAAUUACCGCCGCCGCCCAACGAGCGCACACCGGUGGCUUUUCACCGAAAUUACCAGUUUACCAGACAUCCUUCGUCCAUCGCUUCCGCCACGUCCAGUAUGAUAUACACGACGUUUAGAGUGUCCGUCGGUCACCGGACGAUAGUGUCCGGUGCUUAUGCCGCGAUUAGCUCAACUUCCAAUAACCGCUCGUUCCAAGGUGUGUGA